AUGCGAUCUUCUUGCCCCGGAUUGCCGGUGCUCCUAAUCUCCAUCUUCGCCUCUCAAACGCUUGCGUUUCCCAGUCCCAAUGGUGCAGCGUCGUCGUUGUCGAUCCUCUUCCGUUCCGACUAUGAGGACGAGGUGUGCGACCCAAUGACCUUGCGCGGCUCCGACACCGUGCCCCCGUGUCUGGAGAUCCGGGCCAUCGAGACAAUAUGCACGCCUAACGGGACUUCGCCCUUGGCCCUCAAGGCCCAUCAGGAGUGCAUGUGCGAAGGGUCCUUUUUUGACGAGUGGCCGUUCUGUCUGCAGUGCCUCUACCUGCACGGCCUGCGGACGCAGCGCGAGGUAGCCUUCUACGAGAGCGUGCUCUCGGCGGCGUCGACAACACUCUGCCACGUGCCGACGCCGGCCGACGUGUUCGCGUCCGUGUUCAGCAGCGCCAAGGCCGCGGCGCCGUCCCCGACGACGGGCGACACGGUGAGCAGCGACCAGGCCGUCGGCCAGACCGCCGUCAGCCUCUACUUCACGGCCCCUAGCGGCCACAGCCAGGGCCCCGGCCGCAUCACGGGCGAGGCUGCCGCCGCGACGGCGACGCGGCUGUUCACCGCCCCGCCGCACACGCCGACCACUGCUGCCGCGUCGCAGCAGUCGUGCGCCGCCGCAACCACAGCCCGGCCAUCGGCGACGGGCGCGGCAUCUAGUGCAAUUGCAGGCUCUUCGGUUGCUACGAGCCGGGGGCCCAGGGCCCGAGCCGGAAGAAAGGGCUUGUUGUUUGCGGCGGUCGCGGCGGUCGCAUGUGCGGCGCUGUGA